AUGGCGCCUUCUUUGGAGGAGCCCACGGCAGCCUCCCUAGAUGCGCCAUCGAAGAUGGCACCGAAUCUUGUUGCUCCGGAACCAGAACAUUGCCCUGGACCUGAGUCCGAACAAGCAGGUAAAGGCGAUGCCUGCGCUGGCUGCCCCAAUCAAUCGAUUUGCGCCACCGCUCCCAAAGGUCCCGAUCCCGAUAUAUCUAUAAUUACAGAACGCUUGUCGCAGAUCCGACACAAAAUCCUGAUACUCUCCGGCAAAGGAGGUGUUGGAAAAUCGACAUUCUCCUCUCUUCUUGCCCACGCAUUUGCGGCGAAUCCGGACUCGACCGUCGGCUUAAUGGAUACUGAUAUCACCGGACCCUCUGUUCCGAAAAUGAUGGGCGUGGAGGCUGAGACAAUUCAUGUGAGCAACGCAGGUUGGAGUCCGGUGUGGGUAUCGGAUAACUUGGGAGCGAUGAGCGUACAGUUCAUGCUGCCCAAUCGAGAUGAUGCGGUUAUCUGGAGAGGGCCCAAGAAGAAUGGUCUUAUAAAGCAGUUUCUCAAAGACGUCGAUUGGGGUGAGCUGGACUAUUUAAUUAUUGAUACACCACCUGGCACCUCGGAUGAGCAUCUAUCAGUUAACUCGCUACUGAAGGAGUCUGGCGUUGAUGGAGCUGUUGUGAUCACAACCCCCCAGGAAGUAUCCCUGCUAGAUGUGCGGAAGGAGAUAGACUUUUGCCGCAAGGCGGGAAUUCGAAUCCUGGGACUAGUAGAGAACAUGUCAGGGUUUGUUUGCGCCAGCUGUGGCCAUGAAUCCAAAAUCUUCCGAGCUACAACGGGUGGCGGGAAGCGCCUGGCAAAGAAAAUGGGCAUUCCGUUUCUAGGCUCCGUCCCUCUCGACCCUAGGGUCGGUAUGGCUUGUGACUAUGGAGAGAGUUUUGUGGACAACUUCCCGGAUAGCCCAGCGACGACUGCAAUUAAGGGGGUUGUGCGAUCAGUUGGCCAACUGGUUGGUGAAGAUCCCAACUCUGUACUACCUGAUGAAAUGAUGACAUGA